AUGGCAAUACUGGAACUCAUCGAUGACAGUGAGGCUAACAGCCCUUUUCUUUUAGAAAGUGACAACAAUAACAACCAACAGCAACAAUGCCAGCCAAAAACUUUUGAUAAUCUUACAAAAGAGGAGCAAAAUGCUCUACUUGAUCACAUUGCAUCACAAGUGGCGAACGAUCCAAAGCUAUUCGACAAGCUUGCUAAUGAGUUUUUACAGCAAGCGUCGAAGCAAGAUUUCCAGGCCAUAAAAGUACAACCCCAACCGGGCUAUGUAUGUAAAACAAAGAUUGUCAGAACAUUGGGCGGGAAUAGCACAAAUGAAAGGGAUAUACAGAAAGCAUUAAAUGCAGAACCGGACGCCACUUAUCGCGUACCCUUAAGUAUGCUGAGACGUCAACCUACAUCCAAUGAUACAGAUGCCUUAAUUAUGGAUGCCUGCAUCAAUACGCAGCCUUAUUUACGAAGUGAAAAAGAUCUCGAUUACCGGUUAUACAUAUUAGAAUUGAGUAUGGAAUACGUGGAAGAUAUGGAACAAGUUGAAUUAAGCAGAGAAUUUACCAUGCCAGCAUUGCCUUCCGUUGGCGCGAUACCCAGUCGCUUUUUAAAGCUACCAAAACCGUCUUUAAUGACAGCUAUUCAAACAGAAUUAGAUUCUAAUAAGGGUACAAGUCAUCCCACCGCCAAGGAUGCUACGACUGCCAAUGCUACUUUACGUUCUGGAGUAUCUACUACAUCGACUAUGAGUACUCUUUCAUCUAAAAAUUGGACUUGCCGACCUGAAUUUAAAGUGAAACCUGAGGAAAAUAUCCUAUGUAUCAUCCUCCCGAUGCCUGACAAAAAUGCUCAUAACUGGACAGUAGACUUAACAACGACUGAAAUCAUCCUUACUAUCAAUAAGAAAAGUGCAUACACUAUCUCAUUGAAGAACUACCAGGUGGUUGUGGAAGAUGAUACCGUCAACAAAAUUGAAUUUUACAAACGGAACCAAGUUUUAUUGAUUCAAUUAAAACUGCUCGUGGCAAAAAAUCAAUUCAUUUGA